AUGGGGACUAACGGUACCAGCCUUGUUGGCAUCGCCGCCGACGCAAGCGACGGCGACGACGCAGCACUGAGCAGGAAAGCCUACAUUGAUGGCCUGACAUACCUUCUCAAGAGUCUCCCCGCGGACCUCAACGGCUACGAGGCAGAGCAGGUACGGGCAGCCCUUCCGGUGCAGGUCUCGCAGAGGGGAGCGGGGGGAGACUUGGAGCAAUCCAACGCCCUGCGCCCAUACUACAUGUAUCCGUCCGGUGGUGGGCGUAGCCAUCGAGGCGGGGGGGACGGCCGCCGGCGAAACUCGACAGUGCACCGCGUCGUCCAUGCCCUGGUGCUCAACAUGAUCCUCGUCGUCCACCUCGUGCUCCCAUACGUGGCGCUGCUGGUAAAGGCCGCCAUGAGCGUCGAACGCCGCUACAGAAUGUCCGAGACCAUCAUCGGACACAGCAUGUCUGCCUUUCACGUCGCCGGACGACAGUGCGCGCGUGCCGCAGAGGCGGUCCUCACCACUACGCCCAGCCACGGCGUGUCCAGUACGUUUGUCUGGACGGUCGAGGAGAUCACCAGGGGCGUGUCGGAUGGUCUGGGAGAGGGGCUGUUGAUAACCAGACUGAGAGACAAGAGAAUCUCGUGA